AUGGACGAAUCGUUGACUACGGUGGAGAAGGUAAUAAAGUUGAACUAUUUGCUCACAGCCAAGGACUCAGCACUACUGGAAAAGGAGUUUCAGCACAUUGCCGAUUUUUAUUCCUUUGCUGGUGUGGAAAUUGUUGACUACCGCAUUACUUUUAAGACAAAGAAGGUGGUCUUCCUCAUGCGGAAUGGAAACAGUACUCCCGGCGAAAUUUAA